AUGUCUCGAUACGACGACUAUCGCCGUUCUACCGGCCACCUGGAGCAUGACGCCGACCGUUGGGACGCCGACCGUUUCUCGCGUGAGCGUCACGAACGUCUGCACUCGCGCGGUCCCCCCGUGCUCGAACGACCCCGCCGCGUGGAAGAUGACCGCUUCGAAUACCGCAUGCAAGACACUGAUCGAUAUGGCCCUCCUGCCCGCCGGUCGGACAGGUUCUACGAAGAUGACCAUCUCGUCCAUACUUCGGGCCCACUCGUAACCUACGACCGUCGACGAGACAGUCCCCCGCCUCGACCCCGUCUUAUGCGACGCCAAUCGUCCUUGGACACCUUCGAUCGCAUCCCCUCGCGCAAACUAGAAGAGUAUUACUACCACGAUCCCCCUGCUCGCGCUCCGGUCCGUCCUCCCCGCGAAUCGGAUUAUUAUGAAGAGAUUCGCGUCGCGGACCCCGAUCACUACGGCGACGAAGAAUACCAUGAGCGUGAGCGUGAGCGCGAUCGCUUCAGGGACCGUCCCCGCCGCUCCACCAGCCGAUUCCCAACGCGGGCCGUUGAGGAAGUCGAGAUCGAAAAGCCAUACCCUCGAAAGGGCAAGACUCGGAUGCCUCGAAAGCUAGUCCACCCCGCGGCCGUUCGUGAGUUUGGUUACCCAUACCAGGAUGAAGGUGAUAUGGUCAUUAUUCAGGUCGCGCUCUCCAAGGAGCAAAUCGACGAUGUCAUCAGCCGCAGUCGCCAGAUGAAACACCGGACUGGUGCACAUAUAAUAGAGUCUUCGCCGUCCCCCGUUCGCGAGCGACGCCGGGAUAGACCAGUGGAGAAACUCGCCAUGGAACCUUAUACUCCUAAGAACCACCAUCACACAAUGCUCAUCGAGCCCGCGUCGUCGUCUUCCUCUAGACACCGAUCGCACUCUCGCCAUCCCCGCAAUUAUGACCUCUCCGAGAAGCGGACGACCAGGACUGUCUCCCGCACCCGAUCCAUCUCGGUGCACGGUCGUCAUCGUCGCCGGUCCUCGCCGGUGCGCAUUCGCCAUGACAUGGAAUCCGACCACGUUAACGCCGGGCCGCUCGCCAUUAUGAUCCGGCCUCGCGACAGCGACGAGGAUCUGCGCGAAUACCUGCCGCUGGAGCGACGGAGUCGGAGUCGGGGAGAAGUUAUCCGAGACACGGAAUUCAUCAAUGGCGAUGGCGACCGCGAGGAGAUCACCGAAGUGAAGAGGGACCGCAAGGGCCCCAACUCCCGUAUCGUCCGUGCCAUGAUGGCUACUCUGACUUAG